CUAAACGCCUCCUCUCUUUCGCCAACUGGAGGACUCACUUCUCUCCUCCCACUGAGAGAGCGCAUACACCCAAUCUCCGUGUACUAUCUCCCACUUCAAAUCCUUGUUCCAUUUCGAUUGUCUUCUUCCGAUCUUUCUACUAACGGGGUUUGGAUCUUCUGUCUGAAACCCUAGCUCUCUAUCCUCCUGUUCUUGCAGCGUCGUCUUUGUAAGGAUGUCGGACGAGGAAACGAAAGAGGAGAAAGAGCUCGAUCUCACUUCUCCUGAAGUCGUUACCAAAUACAAAAGCGCUGCUGAAAUCCUCAACAAGGCAUUGCAACUUGUGUUGUCAGGGUGCAAAUCGAAGGCUAAGAUCGUAGACGUGUGUGAGAAGGGAGAUGCCUUCAUCAGAGAACAAACUGGGAACAUGUAUAAGAACUCGAAGAAGAAGAUUGAGAGGGGUGUGGCUUUCCCGACAUGCAUAUCAGUCAAUAACACUAUGUGCCAUUUCUCCCCGCUCGCAAGCGACGAAGCCGUCUUGGAAGAGAAUGAUAUUGUGAAAAUAGAUAUGGGGUGCCAUAUAGAUGGAUUCAUCGCUGUGGUUGCCCACACCCAUGUCCUUCAGGAAGGGCCAGUUACUGGGAGGGCUGCUGAUGUUAUUGCAGCUGCUAACACUGCUGCUGAAGUUGCUUUGAGGCUUGUGAGGCCAGGAAGAAAGAAUAAAGAUGUAACAGAAGCUAUUCAAAAGGUUGCUGCUGCCUACGAUUGCAAAAUAGUUGAAGGUGUGCUCAGUCAUCAGCUUAAACAGUUUGUCAUUGACGGAAACAAAGUCAUACUGAGCGUAACCAGCCCCGAGACCAGAGUUGAUGAUGCAGAAUUCGAGGAGAAUGAAGUCUAUGCAAUUGAUAUAGUCACCAGCACAGGUGAUGGCAAGCCUAAGUUGUUGGAUGAGAGGCAAACAACCAUAUAUAAAAGAGCAGUUGAUAAAAACUAUCACUUGAAAAUGAAGUCAUCAAGGUUUAUCUUCAGCGAGAUUAAUCAGAAGUUCCCGAUUAUGCCAUUUACUGCAAGGGCACUCGAGGAGAAGCGCGCCCGGUUGGGUCUAGUGGAAUGUGUGAAUCAUGACCUCUUGCAGCCAUACCCUGUUCUGCAUGAAAAGCCUGGGGACCUAGUCGCUCAUAUCAAAUUCACAGUUUUGUUAAUGCCAAAUGGGUCGGACAGAAUCACGUCCCAUGCUUUGCAAGAGUUGCAGCCUACAAAGACAAUUGAUGAUGACCCAGAGAUUAAGGCCUGGUUAGCUUUGGGCACGAAGACAAAGAAGAAAGGUGGAGGCAAGAAGAAAAAAGGUAAGAAGGGUGAUUCAGCAGAAGCUGAGCCUAUGGAUACAACAUCGAAUGGUGCUGCUCAAGAAUGAGGUUUUCUUUCCAAUUUUGAUGAUUUUCUUGUAUUGCUUUGUUUAGGGACCUUUACUCACACUAAGCGCAGCUGUUUCCAUGUAAGCGCCAAUCCGUGCAUAUCCCCCUCAGAAUCCCAUGAAUGCUUUCCCUGGUUUGAGCGUGUCUUUAAUAUCUCUCUAUUAUAAUAUUAUUAUAGACGGGAAAGCAAAAAAAAAUGCAGUUUGUUUUCGAGA